UAAAUGGAAUGUCCCUGCAGAAUCUGGCUUGGAGCCUUGGGAAGAGGCCAGCCAUGUCUUCUCCAUCCACUCCAUCACCCCCCGCUGCCCCCAGAAGCAGCCCACCUUCUGUUUGGGAGGCCACCCUGAGAAAAAGGAAGGUAAGUAUGGGAAGAUCCCCUCCAGGGGUGGGCUGGACAGGAUGGCUACUGUUGACUUAGGCUCCUAUCACUCCAGAGCUCUAUUCAGGUCAUGUUCCAGUGCCUGUGGAAGAGCUGUGGGAGGUGCUGAGCGCAGUGUCCGGGAUGCAGAGACACGUCCACCUGGUGCACCUGGGGUGCGGUGGGACUGGGGGAUUGGUCAGGGUAGGGUCAGGCCUGGCCAUAAUUUAUGCUCUCACUUUGCUGUUCCUGGCAGGAGACAGGCAGAGCCAGAGCAGAAUGAUGGAGAAGAGGACUUCUACUACACAGAGCUGUAUGUUGGUAUGGAUAAGCUGACGAACAGGUUGUCCAGCCUAACACCAGUGUCUCCUACAGUCUCCAUGCCACCUACCUUUCCUCAUGUGGAGUUCUCAGAGCUACUGGAGCCCCCAGUUCUUCCCAACCUGCCACAUCCCCUAACUUUGUUUCCAUCUCCCAAGCUCAGCUCUUCAGCUGUUCCACAGGUAUGCCACAGUGACCAAGCCUACCAGCAAGGUGAGGCCACAGAUGAAGAUGGGGGCAGGUCUCAGAGCACUCUAGAGAGAAACAGAACAGGGGUUGUGACUCCUUCCAGAGAUGCCUGGCUCCCAACCACCUGGAGCCACAGCCCACUGAGGCCCAAGCCUACAUACCAGCCCUGUCUGCUAAGCUUGGGGUCAUCUUGGAAGCCCUGGGGUGAUUCCAAGAAGUGCUGGAAAGUGUAUGGCGUGGACCACAGGGACCUGUGUAUACAGCCUGCCGCUGGAAGAAAGUCUGCCAGCAGUUCCUGGACUGAGCCCAUCCCAUGAUGCUACUGCCUGGCCCUUCUCCCACUCCCAGCCUGAAGCUACAGCAAACCUGUGAUGGAUUUGAUGACCCUGGACUCCUAGAGGUGGAGGAGUGACUGACUAUUCCAAGUGCCUUGGAAGAAACCAGCCUUUUGCACUAAAGCCAAACUGCAUGUUGUCCUUUUAGCUCCAGAGGCAGCUUGCCUCCCUGCCUGUCACUCACAGACUUGUCAAAGAUGUCAGUGGGCUCUGCUAAAGCCUGUUAAAGUUGCACUUUGAGAGGUGUCAGGGAGAGUAUUCUCCUGCCCACAUUUAAAGAUGGUGGUUCCAGGCCCCCCCUGGGGCUGACAUUUUACCAUGUUAAUGAAGUUCAGGUGUCUUGUGUCUGGGUUAUAUCAGCCAAGGAGAAAAAUUAAAAACUGUGGGGGUUGUUUGUUUGUUUUUCCAGAAACCAAUGUUUUCUCCUGGGGAAAGAAAUGGAACUAGGAGAGUAACAGGAAAUGAAUGAUAAGCAGUAGGGGCUGGCGGCUACCUCCAUUCAGGUUGAAGUCCAAGGAAGGGUACUGUUUGAAACCACACAGGAGGCAUCUGCAUGGAGCAGCAAUUUCCCAUUUUAUUUGAAGUGAUCAUUUUGCAAGAAUGUCUACACUAAUCCCAUCACAGAAAGAAAACCCACAGGCAACCUGGAGCACACCUAGGCAGACAAGAAAUCGCAAGAACCACUAUAGAGAAGGUAAUCUUUACUUGUCUGUGGGUAUAUAGAAGCAGGACAACAGGGCUGUGAACCCCACCAACUGAUUAUGACAAGCCUUCUGCAAAUAUUAACCACAUCUUCAGUACAAACACAGGUUUAUAAUAAUUAAUAUAAAGUCAAUAUAAUAUAGAUUAUCUCCAGAAAAAAAAAAUCAACACUCUUCAAACACUGCCUUUUUUUUUCACUUUUUGUUGACAGAUUGAAAGCAUGUUGAAAAAUAAAUAAAUAAGAAAAGCAUACACACAGCACCCUCACUACAAGUGAUUCUAAAAGAGCCACA